AUGUCCCACAGCACCACCUCUCAGCUGCUGCUGGCAGAAGCCUGUGGCUCAGACAAGAAACUGCUGGAGGAGGAGCUGAAGCAGGCCAGGGAGAAUGGAGCUCGUGUGCAACAAGAGCUUCAGGAGGAGCAGCUGAAGAGGAAGCUGCUGGAGCAGCAGGCGGAGGAGCUGCGGCAGCAGCUGCGGCAGGCGCGGCAGGCGGAGGCGGCGCUGGCCAGGCUGCAGGUGGAGCUGCAGGCCAAGACUCUGCACCUCCUGGAGGGUGAGAGGAAAAGUGACUCCAGCGAGCACCUCCAGUGCCAGAAGGAGAAGCAGAAGCUCUCUGAGCAGCUUGGGCUGCUGAAGGAGGACAACAAAGCUCUGUACGAGGAAGGAGUUCGCCUGCUGAAGCAGAAGGAGCUGUGUGUCAGGCAGUACAAGGAGAUGCAGCUGCGGCACAAGGAGAAGCUGCGCAGGGCCAAGGAGGCCUUCAUCCACGAGGUGAAGCAGAGGGACAGCAGGAUCAAGCAGCUGGAAAAUGAGCUCAGCCUGACCAAGCUGCAAGUGGAAAAGGGGCAGGUGCUGGUGGCACAGCUCACUGCUGAGAGGGAGAGACUGCUGCAGGAGAGAAGAGAGCUCCUCCAGAAGGGAAGUGAGCAGGAGGAGACCCCUGGGAGCACCUGCCCUACACUGGGCCCCCUGCAGAGCAGGUAG